AUGUUGCCCGCUCCCAGUCUCAAAGCCCAACUCGCUCAUCAUAAAUACCCCCGAUUCAAGGCCAUUGGCAGGACAGAUUUCUGGUUGUUGCUACCGGCAAGUUACUGUCAUAUUGACUGUAGGCCGGAAAAUAUAGAAUGGAGCAAAGGUGGAUUUCCAUAUCCAAAGCUCCCCGUCUACGCGGAGAGCCUGAUCGUUACCAAAAAUUUCGUGGACCUGCAGGAUCUGAUAGACGGCAUGAACCUAUCCGAGGAAUGGGUUGAAGAAAACCUCAACCUGGAAGGCAACACCGACACCGAGUGGUUGGAACGAUACAUCCAGGCCCUUCGAGAAGACGGCGUCAAGGAAAUGUUCAUCUUUGUUGACCCGACGCCUGUUCCUCGGCGAGAGAUCUGGCAGGAACUCGUCCGGAAUAAGCAGAGGCAUAUGGGAUGGAAGUAUCCGCCGGAGAUAUACGCGACCAGGUGGCGGCGUCAUGGUUCCAAGGAUCCGAGGACGAAGUAUAGGCCUGGAGUAUCAAGGAUUGUUGAAGGAAAAGAAUGA